GAGAGAGAAAAGACACCCUAUUCGAAUGACCAAGCCCCUUCUUCGACGUCACAGUCUGCAUGAGACAAAACAAGAGCAAAGCUUAGACACUGUACAUGAACACACAUGCACAUGCAGACACACACACGCACACACACAUGCACGCACACACACACAAACACACACACACAAUUACAUGCAUACACACAUGCACACACACUUGCACCAUAUUCCUUUCUGCUUGUUUAAUCAGAUUUGAAGCUCUUUGCAAAUGACAGGAAACCGUGAGAAAGCAAAUGGGAUUUAGAGACAGUUCUGUUGUUUGGAAGCAAGCAUAUCAGUGCCUGACUUUAAAAGGAACAUCUAAUACCAGGUAGCAUUAUCAGCUGAAUUAGGUUGUACCUUUGCAAUCGUAUUUUCCGCACAUUUUGAGAGUACCAAGAUUCGAGGCUGCUUAGGAUAUUUCAUCACUAAUGGGACUUGCAGUUUCUGGAAUCAGUGGAUUGAUUUUAUUCAGUAGUUGGACAGCUCCUUCUUCAGUAUGAGCCUGAAAGAAAAGGUUUGCUAGUUACAAAAAGUGGCAGUACAACUACAUCUAAGAGAGGAAAGCAAACAGAAAGCCCACGGACAUGACCAGCAUACAGCAGGGAGAGAAGCAGCUCUUUGAGAAGUUCUGGCAAGGAACCUUCAAAGCAGUGGCCACUCCAAGACCUGAAAGUAUCAUUGUUGCUAGCAUCACUGCACGGAAACCUCUGAGCAGUGCUAUAACCUCUAGUUACUUAACAUACAAAGCUGAAGCAAAGAACUCUGUGGUGCAAAGUGCAGCUGACCCUGUGAAGGAGACCUCCAGUGUCAAUGGAUACAUUAGCACAAAGGAUACCAGACAAGUAAAUCAGCAUCGAUCAUGGAGCCCACCAUGUGACAGGGAUCGUACACCUCUUCGACCUCCUUCAUCCAAAGCUAAGAAGAAGAAAAAGAAGUCCGAACGCAAGAAAAGGAGAAGGAGGUCUCCUUCAUACAGCCCAACCCCCAUCAAGAAGAAGAAGAAGAAACACUCAAAGAGAAGGAAAAGGAACUGGUCAACAUCAAAGAAAAGAAGACGCAGUUCAUCAAGCCCCAAAAAUAAAAGAAAAGUCCAGAGGAAACACAGAAAGAGAAGAUCUUCAAGCAGGUCACACAGAUCCCAUCGGAGGAACCGUCAUCAUUCACACAGUUCUACCUGCAGAUCGUCAAGCUGUAAUAGCAGGCACAGAGAAUGGUCUCAAGAGACCAGAAAGAGGUCUGCAAGCAGUAGCAGUAGUCACUAUAAAGUAAAGAAGAAGUCGAAGACUCCCAGCAGAACUUCUCCCAUCACUGCAUCCAUUAUCACCUUUCCAAAAUGUCCAAGCCCACUCUCCAUUAACUUGGUUGGAAAGAUAUCACAGUCAGGGCCUACUGCUAACAUAAUAACUAAAAAAGAAAAUGAGUUUGACACUCUAACCAGUCAGACUAGGAACCAACAAGAAUAUGAUUCAGGAAAUGACACAUCAUCCCCACCUGCAACGCAAACAAGCUCAUCUGGGUCAAAGGUUAAUGAGGAGAAACAAACUCUACUUCCUGCUGAUUUUGAAAAGAGACUUUUUCCAAAAGAAGAAAAGCAUACAGACACAGACAAUGGAUUUGAUUCUGGGAACUCCGUUAUCAGUUACUCCUCCAGGUACAAAGAAGUAGCUUCUGAAAUUGUAUCACCAGGAUCCCAGCAGCACAAGGACACUGUCAGAAAAUCACCUCCUCUGUGCACCGACUAUUCUGAAGAAAAAAAGAGCCUUUUGCCUUCACCUACCCAAAGAUCAUCGCCCACAAAUCAUUCCAGGACAAGCUCCUGCAGCAGAAGCAGCAGGUUAUCUCGAAGUUCCAGUCGUUCCUCGCGUUCGUCCUCUCUCUCACACCGGUCAUCCUCCAGACGAUCCAGAAGCAGGUCACACUCCUCAGGGAAAAGGUCCUACUCCCGAUCUCCUAGCUACUCAUCCAAAUCCCACAGGAGAAGUCCUGGUAGCAGAAGUUCACAGUCUCGACACAGCAGCAGUUACUCUAGAUACAGCCCAGACAGGGAAAACAGCAGGGAUCAUAAGAAAUAUGGCUCAACUGAAAAGGACUCUCCAAAAGACAGAAAGAGAGACCGAGACAGGAGGCGACGAAGAUCAUAUUCUCCUCUGAAGAAACGGAGAUGGGAUUCCCCAAGUCAUCUGGAAGCAAGAAGGAUAACAAGUGCCAGAAAACGUCCUGUUCCUUACUAUCGACCCAGUCCUUCAACUCCAAGCAGUAACAGCAGCUAUUCUUCACGGUCUAGUAGCAGGAGUCGAAGUAGAAGUCACAGUCGAAGUCGCAGCAGAAGUUACUCCAGUUACUGGAGUCGAAGCAGAAGCAGCCGAAGCCGAAGUCAGAGCUGGUCACGGAGCAGCCGAAGUAGAAGCAAAAGUCACAACUCUGUAGACAGCUAUGACAGUCUACGACAUUGAAAAACUCUUUUCUCAUCCCUGUCAGGUGGUCACAAGACUUUGAUUAAUAAACAUUUGCUUUGGAAUGUAAGUUUGGACUGCAUCACGCAUGCCAUUCUGCACAAAAAAGGAAAACCUUCCUAAGGGGUCCAAGUUUGAUUCCUAACUGGUUCCAAGAAAACUCCACCUGAAUUCUACAUUAAGGACUGCAUUGCUCCUUGUUUUUUGCUAGUCAGUCCCAUGGACUACUUAAGGAUAUACUGUUCUCUUUUCAUAAACAAUUGAACUAGGAGUAUGUUCUGUGCUGUCUUGACUGUGGUAGGAAAUCCCUGUGCAUUUAUAAUAUUGCUUCAAUAGAUUUAAAAUAAUUUUACUUUAUGGGCUGAAGGCAUUUCCUCUAGUCCCAGUUUCCCCAUGCAGUCACCUAGUGUUCUUUUUUUUACCUCAGAGUUCACCACUGCCUGAAAGGAGUAAGCUGUGGGACUCAUAUGAUCUUUGUGAGAUUUUUCGCAGAUGACCUAAUUGCAUUAAUGAAUCACACACUGUGUAAGGCCCAUUUGGUUUUGUUAAUGUAUCUUUUUUUGUGCGAUUAAGGAGUACCACUACAUAAUACUCAUUUCUUUAUAAUACAUUAAGUCUGUUACCUAGGAAACCACCAGCAACAUGAAAGACAGUAAUUUAUGCACUGGACACAACAUCAUUCCUUCUACCAAGUAUUAACUUUUGACUAUCAUUUAUGCACUGGACACAACAUCAUUCCUUCUACCAAGUAUUAACUUUUGACUAUCACUUGCAAUGGAUGAACUUGUAAAACAUCACCUCACACAGAUUCAUGGCAUUUUCACCUUAUAACAUACAGUUUUCUGACAAUGUCGAUCAUUUAAAAAAUAAAUUUUGGAUUAACAUUGCACACCUGAACCACAAUUAACCAUAGUUCUAAAACAUAUUUUGUAAUGCAUAUCAGGACAAGUUCAGUUUAAUUGUGCAUAUCUGGGAACAAGAAGUCGUAGCUGUAAUAAACUGUAUAUGACCAUAAAAAGUU